CUUUAAAAAAAAAAUUAUAUCGUAGGUCGCCCUUAGUUACAUUUUUUUAUCAUUAUUUAGGUAAAGAUGGCAGCCUCCACCAAGGUCUUGAAAUUGAAAACAGUAGUUUCUCAUGGAAAACAGUGUUGUAGUAAAAUAUUUAUAAGGAAUGCUUCAUGGACCACCUUCUUUAAAAAGCCAAAAGAGGAAAUUGAAGCUAUGCCUAGAAAAAUUAAACCAUUUGAUGGACCAUCUACAACCUCUAGACUUCAAUCUCUAAAAAAGAAAACAGUCAGUUGUAGUGUUAGGGGUUACAAUCCUCCAGCUGAUGUUGAGGCUAAAAUUCUAUCAAUUGCAGCAACAAUUAUUGGUUUUCAGGUUGACAUGAGUUACCAGCUAAAUGAUAGGCUGAUUAAAUUUAAGCUGCUAACAAAACUGAUGGAAGAGUUUGAUCACAUCAUCCCUAACACUGAGUUGUGUGACUUGAACACACUAGCAAAUGUUGUCAGUUAUUUUGACACACCUGUCAGAGACACUACCUCAUUUGAUGACUUGGCACGACAGAAGCUGCCCAAGAAUUUACACAUUCAAUUGGAGCCAUUAAGAUUUGACCCAGAAACAGACACAUUUUUUGAUGGGAAAACAGCCUUUCCUAAUCGCCCAACGAUAGUUUCCAGUUUAAAGUACAGUAAAAAGUACAAAGGUCACUCUGGAGAAUCUAGAAAUGCCCGCAGUCUCACAAACUUUGAAGAACAGAAACAAUUAUUUGAAGAUGCUGAGAAAUUAAAUUAUACUGUGAAGAGUUCUUAAUAUUUUCUAUUUAUACAAUUAAAAUGAUGUGACUAAAUCUAAAUCAUUUUAUCUUUGUGUUUAUCUUAAACCAAAUGUAAUAGUACAGACAAUACAUUUAUUCUCUACACUUAUACUUAAUAAUAAUAUCUUUAUUAUCCUUGUGGAAAUUUGUCAAUUACAAUUGUGCAUUACAUAUAACAAAACAUUAUAACAAUAGCAAUCAAAGUAUAUGUUAUCAAAAUAUACACUAGUACCGGUAUCACACUUUCACUCAAACAUCACGUGAUGGAUUGUAUAUAACAAGAACAAGAGUUCUGUUCAAGUGUCUGCUUUUGUGAUGGUAUUUUUUAUGUUUUCUUUUAAGCUUUCUCAAGAAUAUUUUUAUUGAAUGCUUGCCAAUAAGUUGAGUUUGUGGACAGUGACCUUACUAACUGCAAUAGAAUUUUAUUAAGUUUCUAUUUUUUAAAUGCUCAGAUGAUGUUAAAACUCAAUAUACUGCAGAUGUGAGCAUAGUAAAACAUUUUUCUUAA